UUUUUUUUGUUCCGGCACUAUUUCAAACCAUUUCACCAUGUCUCCUCACGCUCUUGAUCCCCUCUCACCUCACGCCUUGUUUGCCCGUGCCGGCUCAGGCUGUAAAGAAUGUCCGCAAGAAGCUCCUGCAUGUAACUGCCCGUCGGGCACAACAUGCAUGAUGACAGCACAGUCAUGCAACGAAUGCGCAUCUGUAAACUGUGUCAAAACGUCCACAAGCAGUUCCUCAGACUCACAGGAGAGUUCGUCUAGUGGAGAAGGAGGAGGAGGGGGAGGAACCAACGCGGGCGCCAUUGCGGGUGGUGUUAUUGGAGGUCUUGCGGUGGUUGGAAUCAUCACCUUUCUGAUCUGGUGGUUCGUCAUCCGCAAAAAGCGCCAACAACAAUCGGACGAGUCGGAAAAGAGCUCGUACGCUCCCCGUUCUGUUGGUGGUGCCGCCAGUGCUGCACAGUCGAGGAAGUCAACUCACUCGAUUGCGUCGACCGUUUUGACUCGAGCGUCGAAUGUUAUUCAAAUUGCUUACAUUCCGGGCGUCACAAACCGAUCUCCUCCGGACACACCUCUCGUACCCCCUGUUCCUCCUCUCCCUGGCGCGUCGGCCGAUCAGCAUUUCUUCAUGCCUGGGGAUCUCCGCGACUCGUCCUGGUCUGAUAUGACAACCGAUCGCCGUUCCAUGGCCAACACUCUACGAAGUAGUGUCGCCACGACUAUCUACCGCAACGACGCUAUUGUCAGCCCUAUCCCUGCUCAGCAGGUGACCCGCACUCGUGCUGCUGUUGUUAACGUCCAAAAUGGCAGUUCACCUAACACACUGAGCCCUGAUGCCCCCGCUGUUCCUGCUAUCACUCAGUCGCAGCUCGCCAAGGCAGGAGUUACCGACGCAAACAACAACAGCUCAAUUGUGGGCCGUGCUGUCACUGCUAAACCUGUCAUGGUGAAGACUCUUGGAAAGAAGAACGACGCGGUCAAAUCAUCGCCCGUCCAGCCUAUUGCGGAGCAACCCGAAUCUAGUCCCGAACCCUCGUCCAGCACCUCUGCUGCUGAUGUGAGUUCGUCAAACGAUGGGGGAACUGCCACAACCAAGAACAACACAUCCAGCAACGUAGAAACGACUCGGCGAUCGCAUGCCCCAACAGUGAUCGAAGACUCGCCAGCUAUCGUCCAAAGCCCCUUCAACGACCAAACCGAAACACCAACCGAGACAGACAACAAACGCAACUCGGCCUUCUUAGACGGGUCCGACGCAAGCACGAAACGACACAGCGGAGCUCCGCCUCCCCGUGGAGAGAGUCCCUUCGCAGAUGUAAAUGAAGUAAAAUAAACCGCUCAAAAAAA